CUCCUAGCUUUCCUCCGCUGGUGUCGAGGCUAGCUGAGGGAGAGAAACCGUGGGAGAAGGGCAGAAAGCGUGGGGUAAAAACAUUCAUUAAACUCGGUUAACACCUGGCAGCGGUGAAGAAAGAAACUGAACAGGCAUCUUUUCCAUCUCUCCCUUGGCUCUCACCACCUCCCAGCUACCAUAUCUUUAAGUCACCGUGUGCCUCCAUACCUGAUUAGUUCGCUUUUUUAUCCUCAACCAAGCAGAAACACCAGCAAAGAAGCUUUAAGUAAAAUCAGACAGCAACCAAAGUCGGUAUUUCAUUCAGUUUGGCACCUCAGAUCAUUUCUAAUCAGUUUAAAAUCCGAAGUUCAUACUUGUUUUUCAGUGUUAGUCGGUUAUUUUGUCAGGCCAUUCUCUAGAAUCACCAUUAUGGCCUCUGUAACCCACUCCUCUGAGCCGGAGAUCCCAGACAACCACAAAGAGAGCUGGUUGGCUCUACUCUCCGCUGCGGAAGCCUAUUGCCAAAAGUCCGGCUGCGACCUGGCCAUCCUCACGGCCUGCAAGAAGUUCCGGUUGACGCCCAGUGAAGGUGAAGUCGGGAAGAAGCGGGAAAGCGGCGCCGGCUUUCCGAAGGAAUGCGAGUUCUCCUACAGCGUGUGGGGUCAGGGCUUCCUGGCCGAGUCGGCGCGCCGCUACGUGGACGACAUCGGUGUGCUGCACGCCACGUCCAUGCUGACGGCCCAGAAGCACACGCGGCAAAGCGCAGGAGAGCAAGGAGGCAAGCUGCUGGUUGAUUUGACCUCUGACACCGGAUACAGAGGGAGCUUCACAGGCGACGGCGUAGUGGGCGGAGUCAGCCCCAACAACAGACUGUACUCCCAGAGCUACCCGUCCAUCUACAGCCCGGACGGCACCAGCCAACAGGGCGUCGGGCAGAACGGCAACCGGGAGCGGGAGCGGAGCGCCACAGAGGUGGAGCGAGGGAGACAGAGAGCCGGGAUCGUAGACCUGGAGGAGGAAGGAGAAGAGGCGGAGGAAGAGGAGGAAGACAUGGAAGAGAGACGACCAUACGGCAAUGAAAGUGCAGGCGUUUUCUCCAUGGACGAGGACUCUCUUUCUCGUGACUGUGAGCCGUUCUUUGAGUCCGAUGGAGAGGAGGAAAGCACCGACGGCUCGCUGAGCGAGGACGCCCCGCCGCCGCCGCGCGGCCUGGCCGUGGGGCAGCACGCCUUCUCGUCGCGCCACGCCCACUCCACGGCGCUGGCGCGCUCGCUGCCCGUGUCCGUCCCCGUGUGGGGCUGCAAGAGCAGCAGAGCCGCUCAGGGAGACAGCGGCAGCGGAGAGCGGGCGGGCUGCGCCGACCUGGAGCACAUCGCCGCCAGCAUGAAGGCCCUGCUGGUCCCUGGCGCCACCGACGGGACGGAGAUGUUCGGCGCUCUGCCACGGCCGCGCCUCAACACGGGCGACUUCUCGCUCAAACACUGAGACGGCGAGCGGGAAAAAACAUGGCGGAGAGGAGAAAAAGAAAAACCUGGAAUGUGUGAAUCAGUGUCAAAGCUCAAAUCUGUUUAUUGUUUCACUCACUAAAAAACAAAAAUUAACUGCUUUACAGGGUCGUGAAGAAAUGUUACAAACACUAAUGACAUCUGCAACGCUAUUUCUCCCCAACGACGUCUCAGAGCGGCGCCGCGUUCGGACCGAGCGGCGCCGCGUUCGGACCGAGCGGCGCCGCGUUCGGACCGAGCGGCUAAACAGGAGGAGCCGAUUGUUUCCAUCUUGUGUUUUACAGCUUCUAUUUGGAUUUUUAGCAUCAGAGCCAGGCUACGAUUUAUUUAUUUUUCCUUUUAAAUGAUGGGAAUAUAGUCAUAAUAUUUAAGAAUAGAGUUGAAUAAAAUGGCAAUUUUAUGAGAAUUGUGACACAAAAAGUAACAAAAUUAAAAUGAGGAAUGCUGAGCAGAUGUGUAAAUAAUUCAUUUUUAACACAUCAGCAUUUAAAUUAUCAUCAGUAUCGGAACAAACGACUAUUUGGAUAUAAGAAUCACAUUAACUGAGUUACUCACACUAGAUCUUAACUCUAAAAGCUUCUUCCUUCUUAAUAAAACGACUUUUUCUUGUAUUUUGAAACAUCUUUCUGGUAAAAUAGAGUUUUUAUUCUGCUAAUCUUAUGAUUUAUUCUCAUAAUUAAGCAAAAAUUCUCGUAGCCUGUCCCUGAUAAUUCGUCAUACAACUCAGAAGGAAUCAGUAAAAUAAAAUCCACUUAGUUUAGAAACGAAAGCAACAAAAUGUUUCAUUUUUAGUAUUUACCGCCCAGCCCUACUCAGGAUUAUUCACAUCAGCGCUUUCUGACUCCCAGAUUUGCUCUGAAAUAAUCUGAAGUGAUUCUUCUUCUCUUAGAUUUACCUCAAACGAAUCAGUUAGUGGAGAUCAGGUGAAUUUUACCUCCAACACUAAAACUUCACUCAGAAAUUUGAAGUUGCUGCUUUUGCAUUCAUAUACAUGCUAACUUUUAACACAUUAGGUAACUGCUAAGCUUUAGCCACGUGCUAUGAUGGGUUUCUGAACACUAAGCAAGUAUUUAGGUGGUUUUUUCAGUAUUUUUCAAGCCUGGUUGAUUCAAAUGGUCUAAAAAAGUGGAAAAGCUGCUUCUGAUUCUGCAGAAACUUUAAUUUUAGAGCAGUUUUCUAAUGUCGGUACAAUCAGGGUGCAAUCUGGAAUGUUUUUGCAAGAUUUUGAAGAAGAAGAAUGCAGCCAACUGUGCAGUUUUAAGGUUUGCUGCCUAAUAAACCUAAAAAACAAAAUCAGGUCUGUUCUAACAUUUCUCUCACAAUGAUCUCAAAGUCCAGGCUUAUGCAACCCAUAAAGUUUAAUUUCACCUCAAAUUAAAGUUUUACUCCUAAUUUCAAUGUGUCUGUGUUGAAGAAAUGGGAACUUUACUUUGUAAUAAUUUGAAAAAAGUUCGGUUAAUUUGUCAUUAGACAAAUACGGAGACCAACUGGCUCACUGUCAUCGGUUUAUGUAACGGGGUAAAAAAAGAAACGGAUUUUAACACGAAGCUUGUUGAUUUUUUUUGUAAAUGUAAGCAGAGGACACCAGCACCUUCUCAUUACAUGCCUAUUUUUUUAUUUCAUCAAUGAAUGACUGAUUGAUGGGAUGAUUGUAAAUCAACUUCAUGUUCCAGGGGGAUGGUAAUGAUUUUUUUUCUUUUUCCCUAUUUGCUCUGGAUGUGUUGUUAAAAUGCCUGAAUGGAAGAGAAAGUGACUUUGUUUGUGAGAGAAAGGAAGAGAGAUGUGCUAAAAUGUUAACAUCUCGGAUAUUUCAAACAUAAAUGUUCCGUUAAAUCCUUUUAUGUUUCAAAUAAAGGAGCAACACCAAGAAUAAA